CCAAAACGAAGAACAAAUUAAAAAAAAAAUAAGGAAAUAAUAUUCUCAGACAUGGGUGCUGGGAACAGCAAGCCGCAAACGGUGCAGAUUGAAAAUCCAACGGCAUUUGAGAUUACUCGGGAUGUGGUAGAUAGAAUAAAGCAGGCCACCGUCAUAAGUACUGAACUCGGAUCUACCACCUGUGAAGCGUGUAAGCAAAAACCAAUAAAAGAAUCGUGUUCCGAUAUACGUACUCCGAUGGAACAUAAGCAGCAUAAUGUGAGUGCCUUACAUCCAGUUCCGGUGGCCAAGUCCUGGAAGAAGCGUUCUUUGGAAGUCGAGGAAAAAGAGUUCGGAAAAUCCUUAAAAUUGGUUCAAGAACUAUUCGGUACGCCUGUAAAAUGGGCCAAGGAUUGCGAGGGCGAGAUCGAAAAAUUCGAGGAAGAGCUGGUUCACUGCUAUCAACGGUUUCCAAACGAACCCCUUCAGUGCUCUAAUUUGGCCAGACAGUAUCACCGAUUCGUAUUCGCCAAACAGUAUGCCGAAUUAUCGAAAACCAAUACAUGUACUUAAAGAUAGGCGAUCGACGAUCUUAAUAAUCCAUUUAAGGUCAAAAGCCAAAAACUUUUAUCCUACUCCAUAGGAUAAAAGACGCUUAGUUAAUUUUAGAGUUUUAGAAUUUUCAGUUUUGGGAAUUUUUAAUUAAAUGUAACGUGGUGAAACCUUU